CAAACAAACAACUUUAAAACCAGACAGUAGUAUCAUUUUAUCCGCGUUUAUUUAUUGAUCUUCACUGAUUAUUGAUUAUUUACACUGCCUGACUCCUCUCCCUCCUCUUCUUCCUGUUGCUUGGUCUUGGUCUUCUUCUCCAAACAGGGUCUUGUCUCCCGUCCUCCCCCGUCUCUCCCCCUGUAGAUAUUUAUAGAGGCUUCGUCUGUCAGCCGGCCGUGUUUCUUAUCGCCGUGUUUCUCUAUUUCUGACCCUGCUGCAGUCAGUGGGUGAGUGUCUGUGGGGGUGUUUGUGUGACGGCCGGACCCUCAGGAUUUUUAACAAUAACCGUCUGGAUCUGUAGCUGUCUCUGCAGGACUCUGCACGCACGCGCACCGCCACUCUGACAUCACAGCUGGCUGGCAUCUCCGUGACCCCAUCCACCCCCACCCCACCACCACACACACAUCCCUGAACCCCCGAACCAUCCCCCCCUCUGUGCAGCCAUGGCGCUGUCGUCACGCUUAAAGCUGUGGGAGCAGAAGAUAAAGGAGGAGAAAACGCCGGUAGCCACAGCCGUCCCUCCACCUCCUCUGUCCGCUCUGCCGGGCGGUUUCCUCAAACAGCUGGUCAGAGACUCAGAGAAGGAGACCAAACAUAAAGAACCAGAGGCCAAAGACGAGAGAGCACCAAGCAAACUAAGCGACAACCUGGUCCAACAGUUCCUCCUCCCAGACCAGACUCCUCCGAUCCUCGAGGCCGAGAUGGCCCUCCGGGCCGAGCAGCUGAUCACCAACACCAAGCCGGACAACAAGUCCACGUCUCAGAGACUCGUGGUCACACCCGAGAAGGAGCAGAGACGGGUCACGCCAGAGCCGCCAAAGAAGAUACAGUCUGACAUAAAACUGGAGAAAAUCCAGAAGAAGAAGCAGGAGGGGCGGAUAGAGGAGGUGAAGAAGGCCAAACAGGAGGAGAGGAGAGAGGAGGGGAUGGAGGAGAGGCAGGAGCCGGAGGGGAGGCAGGCAGACACGACGGUGACGGAGCAAGUCAGGAGGGAGACGAGGGACGUUUGGUAUGAAGCUGGAAAUGUGUGGUACGUCCACAAGGAUGGGUUCACUCUGGCCACCCAGUUGAAGCCAGAUGAAGGCACACCUGAACUCCCAGAAGGCCGAGUGAGAGUCCGCCUGCAGACUGAUAGAUCGCUACACGAUGUUACUGAGUAUGAGAUCGAAAAGUGUAACCCGUCAGACUUGGACCUGUGCGAGGACCUGAGCGACCUGCAGAGCGUUAACGAAUGUGGAGUCCUGCACACGCUCACCAGCCGGGCUAAAGCUAGCAUGCCGCUAACACAAGCUGGACCAAACCUGUUGAACUUCUGGCCUCCGUUACAGACGCACAGCAAGACUCCAAAGUCCCGUCGUGGAGAGUCGGUGUGGGACGCCCCCCCGGCUCUGUCGGCUCUGGUUAAACGUGUGUACGUGUCCAUGGUCGGGACCAGGAGAGACCACAGCGUGUGCGCAGUGGGACGCAGCGGGACGGGGAAGACGACGGCGUGUCAGGCCUUCACGCUCAAUCUGCUGAAACAGGCGGGAACGACUGGGGAGAAGAUCAGCGCUGAGCGCGUGCAGGCCAUGUUCACCAUCCUCCGCUCUUUUGGCUGCGUGAGCUCGCAGCACAGCGACGCCUCCUCUCGCUUUGCCAUGGUCUUCUCUCUGGACUUUAACCACGCAGGACAGGCGGCAGCCGGACACCUACAGACGAUGAUGUUGGAUAAAUGGAAGGUGUGUCAGAAAACUCCAGGAGAGAGUAACUUCCUGGUCUUCUCUCAGAUGCUGGCAGGACUCAGCACAGAGAUGAGGACAGAGCUGCAGCUGCAUCAGCUCCCUGAGUCCAACUCUUUUGGCAUCGUUCAUCCAACCAAGGUUGAGGAGAAGCAGCGAGCGUCUGUGGCCUUCACCAAGCUGCUGACUGCCAUGGAAACGCUGGGCUUCUCGUCUGGCGAGCAGAAGGCGAUCUGGCAUGUUCUGGCUGGUAUUUACCAUCUGGGAGCAGCUGGGGCCUGCAAAGUGGGCAGGAGACAGUUUGUGAGCUUCGACAGCGCUCAGGUGGCGAGCGGCGUGCUGGGCUGCGAGGGAGAGGACCUGCACACCGCUGUCUUCAAACAUCACCUCCGACAGCUGCUGCAGAGAGCCACCGGGGGCAGCAGAGAGAGGAACAAUGCUGCUGAGGCAGAGGAGGGUCCGAGGCUGACGGCCGCUCAGUGUGUAGAAGGGAUGGCUGCAGGACUUUAUGAAGAACUCUUCACCACCAUUGUCUCACUUAUAAACAGAGCUCUGAGCAGUCAGCAGCUGACGCUGGCAUCCGUCAUGGUCGUGGACACUCCCGGUCUGAGGAACCCGAGACACGCUGCAGAGGAGCGAGCGGCCGGCUGGUCUGAGCUCUGUCAUAACUACCUUCAGGAGAGGCUGCUGGAGCAUUACCACUCACACACCUUCACUCACACGCUGGACAGAUACGCACAGGAGAAGAUUCCAGUCCAGUUUGAGUGUCCAGAGAACAGCCCGACUGAGGUGGUGUCCGCCAUCGACCAGCCACCUCCACAGGUCCGGGCAGCAGAUGGAGACCCCAGAGGUCUGUUAUGGGUUCUGGAUGAGGAGAUGGUGACACCAGCCUCCAGUGAGAACGGCGCCCUGGAGAGAGUCUGCCAGUAUUACAGCAACACUGUGCGUCAGUGCGAGCAGCCGCUGCAGUGCGAGCUGAACCACCUCAUGGGCUGCGACCCCAUCCGUUACGACCUGACGGGAUGGUUUGGUCUGAUCCAGAACAACCCGUCUGCUCUGAACGCCAUCUGUGUGCUGCAGAACUCCAGCAUAGUGGAGGUGAAGGCCAUGUUCACCCCCAGGAUCUCUCUGCCCCCUCUCUGUCGAGGUCUGGGAGGUCUGGAGGGGAGCAGCCAGCGCUCCCUGCAGAGAAACGGCACCAUCAGGAAAACCUUCAGUGGCGGGAUGGCGGCCAUACGCAGACACUCUCAGUGCAUCGCCGUCAAGCUACAGGCAGAUGCUCUGGUGAACCUGAUUCGUCGAGCCCGGCCCGUGUUCCUGCAGUGUGUGAGCGCAAAGACAGACGGUGGGAGUUUUGAUGUCCCGGCGCUUCGAGUGCAGCUUCACUCCACUCAGAUUCUAUCGGCUCUGCAGCUGCACCGCACAGGUUAUCCGGAGCACAUGACUCUGAGUGACUUCAGGUGUCAUUUCCAGGCUCUGUCUCCUCCAAUCAUGAAACGUUACGCCUCCAUGUUUGUCAGCCACGAUGAGAGAAAGGCGGUGGAGGAGCUCCUGGUGGAGUUGGACCUUGAUAAGAAGAGCGUCGUGGUCGGUGCCAGCAGGGUGUUCAUGAAGCGAGGCGUGCUGCGGUACCUGGAGCAGCAGAGAGAUCAGCAGGUCACCGGCUGGUUGGUCCACCUUCAGGCCUCCUGUCUGGGACAUCUGGCCCGGCAGAAGUACAGAAAACUCAAGGUGCAGCAGAUGGCGGUCAGGUGUCUGCAGAGGAACCUUCGGGCUCUGAGGGUUGCUGCAAAGUGGAGCUGGUGGAAACUUUUCUGCAAAAUUCGUCCUCAGCUCGACGUCAACUUAGACAACGAGAGGCUGCGGGCUAAAGAGGAUGAGAUAUCGGCUCUGAGACGACGCCUGGAGAAAUCAGAGAAGGAGAGGAACGAGCUGAGGCAGACGGCAGACAGCUUGGAGACCAAGAUUACAGCCGUGACUUCAGAGCUGAGUGAUGAGCGUUUCCGUGGCGACGCUGUGGGUCAGGCUCUGGAUGUGGAGAGGGCCGAGAGACUCCGACUCAGCAGGGAGAACAAAGACCUGCAGGCUCGUCUAGACCAGUGCAAAGUCAGCAUGGAAACCGUGGAGAAGCAGCUGGAGGAGGAGAAGCAGAAAGUCCAGAUGGCUGAAAGUCAGAGAGGAGCGUGGACAGACAGCGAGCUGGCCAUGCAGCUGGAGUGCUGCCAGACGGAGGUGGAAUUUGUCCGCAGACGACUCAAGCAGACGGAGGAAAAACUGGAGACGGAGAGACAGACGCGACAACAGCUCGAUACCAAGGUGGCGUCUCUGCAGGCCCAGCUGGAGCAGUCCCGGCGGAGCGCCACAGAGCUGAAACGUCACUGUCGCCGCGUGACUUCUGACCUCCAGGACGCCCGAGUGCUCACUGAUAGUCUGCAGAGUCGCAUGCAUGAGCUGGACCGCAAGCAGAGACGGUUUGACAGCGAGUUGACUCAGGCUCUGGAGGAAGCUGACAAUGAGAGGGAGCAGAAGGACAAAGCCUGUCAGGAAAACACCGCUCUGGGUACCGAGAUAUACACGCUGCGCCGCAACCUGCAGGAGAGCCAGGCGGAGGUGAGCCGUCUGCAGAAGCAGAAGGAGGAGUUGUGCGCUCAGAUCCGUGACCUCAGCCUGCCCGUCGAUCUCGCCUCCGAGUCGCUGCCCGACCUCAAGAAACAGCUCCGUCUCCUGGAGAGCCAGGCCGGAGAGAGAGCGACGGAAAUCAGCACGCUCACCGCCAAAAUACAGCAGCAGGAACAGGUCCACAUGCGCUUUGAGAUCGAGAUGGAGCGGAUGAAGCAGAUCCAUCAGAAGGAGUUGGAGGAUAAAGAGGAGGAGUUAGAGGAUGUCCACAAGUCCUCUCAGAGACGGCUGAGGCAGUUGGAGAUGCAGCUGGAGCAGGAGUACGAGGAGAAACAGAUGGUGAUUCACGAGAAGCACGACUUGGAAGGACUCAUAGCCACUCUGUGUGACCAGGUUGGUCACAGAGACUUCGAUGUGGAGAAGAAGCUGAGGAGAGACCUGAAGAGGACUCACGCCCUGCUGGCCGACGCCCAGCUGCUCCUCUCCACCGUCGACAGCCCGGGACAGAACGCCCCCAACGGCAGCAGGGAGCAGAUCGAGCGUCUGCACUGCCAGCUCGAGGAGAGCCAAAUGAGGUGUGUGGAGGCGGAGAGAGUUCAGACGACGCUCUCUCAGGAGCUGGAGAACACUCAGAUCGAACUGGAGAAUAUCUGCAAACAGAAGAGUGUGGUGGACGAGCAGUUAGCGAUGCUGCAGCACGAGAAGGUCGACCUUCUGAAGAGACUGGAGGAAGACCAGGAAGACCUCAAUGAACUGAUGAAGAAGCACAAAGCACUCAUCGCUCAGUCGUCGAGUGAUAUCACUCAGAUCAGAGAGCUUCAAGCUGAACUGGAGGAGAUGAAGAAACAGAGACACUCUCUGCAGGAGGAGCUCCAGCAGAGCGUGUCCAGGCUGCAGUUCCUGGAGUCGUCCACUGUGGGGCGCAGCAUCGUCAGUAAACAGGAGGCACGUGUGUGUGACCUGGAGAACAAACUGGAGUUUCAGAGAGGCCAAGUCAAGAGGUUUGAGGUGCUGGUGCUGCGUUUAAGGGACAGCGUGGUGCGUCUGGGGGAGGAGCUGGAACAGAGCGCCCAGGCUGAAGCUCGGGAGAGAGAGAACGCUCGUUACUAUCAGCAGCGAGUGCAGGACAUGAGGAUGGAGAUGGAGGAUCUGAUCCAGAGGGAGCAGGACAGCGGCCGCAGACGCAUGGAGCUGGAGAUGCAAGUGGAGGAGCUAAGCGCCGUCAGACAGGCGCUGCAGGCCGACCUGGAGACGUCCAUCCGCCGCAUCGUGGACCUGCAGGCCGCGCUGGAGGAGGUGGAGUCGAGCGACGAGAGCGACACAGAAAGCGUUCAAACUGCUGUGGAGUCCUUGACUCGAAAGAAAGACCUUGACUCCGUGUCCAGCGUCGGCUCUAUUGGGACGGAGGAUGUCGGGGAGGGGAUCCGUCAUUGGUUGGGAGUUCCCAGAGGAGGGUCCAGAGGUGGAGGCUCUCCUUAUGGCAGCAGUACCAUCAGCAGCCAAGGGGGGCGCCAGUCUGUCACCGACACCAUGAGCAAUUACAGCUUCCGUUCCUGUGUAGACCCCGAUGAUGAGGGCUCUGAGGUCGGAGGGUCCAGGAGUCUCAGUCGGGCCCCAUCUUCGUCCGCUCUGUCCGAGCUGCUGGAAGGCCUCCGUAAACGCAGAGCAGGUGGAGACGCAGGUGAUGGAGCUGGAAGCGCCGUCUCCUUACCCAUUUAUCAAACAACCGCAGCCUCCAGCCUCAGACGGAGAGCAUCCACCCUCUCUCUGGGACAUGAGGACCUCCAGGAACCCAAACCUGGCCCCAGCAUCCUCAAACCAUCGUCCCCGCUCCUCCCCCGCGCCAACAGCGCUCGCUCCAUCAGUGACACUCCACCAUCGGUGUCCACGUCCACAUCUGGAGCCAAACUGACUCGCUUCAGCUCCAGUGACUCUGUGUCCUCGCUCCCCUCGCUGCCUCGCCUCUCCUCUUUGGCGUCCUCUCUCGCCUCCCGCCAUCACCCGCCCUCGCUCUCCAUCCCAGAGGAAGAAUCAGAGGAAACCCAUCGCUCCAUCAUGUCUCCUCUCCAGCGCUCGCCUCAGCCUUUGAGGCGGUGCAUGCUGGGAAAUCUCAUCACAGAGGACGGAGGUGAAGCGCCUCUGGGAUCAGAACCUCUAGUCUUCCAGAACCGCCGCCUAGCUGAGGACAACGACGCCGCCUCUGACAUCCUGCCCGCCAUCCGGAGAGCUCAGUCCGCCAGCAGCCUGGCCAGCUCAGUCAGAGGAGGCAGGAGGGCGCUGAGCGUCCACUUCGGAGACCUGCCUCCAUCGACCCGUGGCAGGAAGAGCUCUGAGACCGAGUCGUCCAGCUCAGGAGGGUCAGGAGGAAGCUCUCAGGGCGGCGGGGUGAGACGAAGAUACGAAAGGCCGCAGGGAGAGAGACUGGAGGCGGAGGGGAGCGAGGGAGGAGACGUGGCUUCUGUUAUGAAGAGAUACUUGAAAAAGGAAGUGGACUGAAGCAGCUGAGGAGACGAGCUUCUCUGAGCAUCCACGCCCAGCAGUGAGCUUCACACACACGCUGAGGAGAGCCGGAGCUGCAGUCAAGGCUGCACCAAACACUUCAGAGUCAAUAAAGAUGUUUCUUUAUUAAAGGCUACUGAAAAUACAAAGGUUCACAACACAGGCACUCUGCUGUAUUUUCAGAUCUACACUGUUUGUAUAUGAAUAAAAAUG